CAUCCUCAAGAAUUAACAACAUGGUCGCACCCAAAAACGGAGCACACUUUGACUUUAUCGUCGUCGGCGGUGGCACUGCCGGGAAUGUUGUCGCCGGUCGCUUGGCAGAGAGCCCCAAUGUUAGCGUCCUCGUUGUCGAGGCCGGUGUCGCCAACUCAAUCGAUCUCGAGGAAAUCCGAACGCCCGCUGUUGCUAUGGAUCUGCGUAGUAGCAAGCACGACUGGGCCUACAAGACGACGAUGAUCAAGCGCGAUGACUACGAGCGCGUCGAGAAGCCCAACACGCGUGGUAAAGCUCUGGGCGGCAGUUCUUCGCUCAACUAUUUCACUUGGUUGCCCGGCUGCAAGGCCACUUUUGACGAAUGGGAAGCCUACGGUGGCAAAGACUGGACGUGGAAGAACCUGGUUCCUUAUCUGCGCAAGAGUGUCACCUACCACGACGACAAGGGACUUUACGACCCAGCUCUCAAGAAGAUCGGUGGUGGUGGACCCGUCGAUGUGUCUCAUUCCGAGCUCAUUCCCGAGAUCGAACCAUUCCGCGAGGCUUUGACCAAGGCUUGGAUUUCCAAAGGAGAGCCUCUGUCUGAGGAUUUCUUUGAUGGGGAAAUGAACGGCCUCACCCAUACAGUCAACACCAUCUACAAGGGCCAGCGCCAAGGAAGCUUCCUGUUUCUGAAGGACAAGCCAAAUGUCACUGUCUUGCCGCUCGUUCACUCGAAGAAGCUUAUUAUCGAGAAGGCGUCGCACACGUGCAAAGGUGUCACCGUCAUUGACCAGUCGGGAGGCGAGCUCAGCUUUUAUGCUACACGUGAAGUCGUGCUUUCCCAAGGCGUCUUCGAGUCGCCCAAGCUCCUAAUGCUCAGUGGUGUGGGUCCUUCUGACGAGCUUUCUCGACACGGGAUCGAAACUAUCGUCGACUCCGGCCAUGUCGGCCAGCACCUUCUCGAUCACCCGGCCGUGCCUUUUGUGCUGCGCGUGAAAGAAGGCUUUGGCAUGGAAGACGAGCUGCUCCGACCGGGUCCGCGCCAUGAUUCGGUCGUCUCAACAUACAAGCAAAGCAAGACGGGCCCAAUGGGCUCGAGUUUGCUUGAAAUUGGUGGAUUUCCUCGCAUUGACAGUUACCUGGAAAAAGUUCCGGAGUACCGCGAGGCAAAGGCCAACAAUAGUGGUCUCGAUCCUUUCUCUCCCAAGGGCCAGCCUCACUUCGAGCUCGACUUCGUCUGCAUGUUUGGGAGUGCGUUCCAGUGGCACUACCCCAUUCCAAAGGAAGGCAAUUACACCUCCGUCGUUGUCGACCUCGUCAGGCCUGUCUCAGAGGGUGGCGAGGUGAAGCUCAACAGCGCUGACCCUCUCGUGCAGCCCAAUAUCAACCUCAACUUCUUCGCUGACGAUCUCGACAUUAUCGCCAUGCGCGAAGGCAUUCGGUGGACUUAUGACCUCCUCCUCAAGGGCGAUGGCUUCAAGGACGUGGUCGUUGACCAGUACCCAUGGGACAUGCCUCUUGACUCUGAUAAAGACAUGAAGAGGGCUGUGCUUGAUCGGAGCCAGACCGCUUUUCACCCCUGCGGCACCAAUCGAUUGUCGAAGAACAUUGAGCAGGGCGUGGUCGACCCAGAGCUGAGGGUACACGGCAUCAAGAACCUCCGAGUCGUUGAUGCCUCCGUUAUUCCCAUCAUCCCUGACUGCCGCAUUCAGAACUCGGUCUACAUGGUGGGAGAGAAGGGAGCCGAUCUGCUCAAGAAACAGCACAAGGACCUCUACAAGUGAAGAGCACCCGCUCCUAAUGUCCUUUCUUCUUCCCGUCCUCGAGCCACAAUUCAGCACAAGGGUUUCCGCAAGUCUAAUCUCUAUCUCCAGCUUCUGUCCUCUUAUUCUUUGUUUACUUUGCCC